UUGGCGGGUUGGGAGUCCCGGCAGCACGGUAUUGGUCGAGGUGGCGUGCCUAUCAGGCGAGGCGGGGAGGAUCGGGGUAGCGUGCACGGCGGCCGGCGCAGAAGGUUCGAGCAAAAGGCGGCGGAGAUGUUGGGGAGACAGGUGCUGGUGUUGAGUCAGAACGUGAAGCGGGAAUCGGGCCGCAAGGUGCAGCAGGGGAACAUCAGUGCGGCCAAGACCAUUGCAGAUGUUAUUCGAACAUGCUUGGGACCAAGAGCUAUGAUGAAGAUGUUGCUGGAUCCCAUGGGAGGCAUUGUUAUGACAAAUGAUGGCAAUGCCAUUCUGCGAGAGAUCCAGGUGCAGCACCCAGCAGCCAAGUCCAUGAUUGAAAUCAGUCGCACCCAAGACGAAGAAGUUGGCGAUGGGACCACCUCUGUCAUCAUCCUCACUGGAGAGAUGCUUUUGGUGGCAGAGCAGUACCUCGAGCAGCAGAUGCACCCCUCUGUAAUCAUAGGUGCUUAUCACCAGGCGCUGGAUGACAUGAUUACCACGCUGCAAGAAAUCAGCACUACUGUUGACAUCAAUAACCGUGACCUGAUGCUGAAGAUUAUCAACAGUGCAAUCAACACCAAGGUGAACAAUCUACAGGUUGACCUGGCCUGUAGCAUUGCACUUGAUGCUGUGAAGACUGUGCAGAUGGAAGAAAAUGGCCGCAAGGAGAUUGACAUUAAGAAGUAUGCCAAAGUUGAGAAGGUUCCUGGUGGUUUUGUUCAUGAUUCAUGUGUGCUCCGAGGCGUGAUGUUGAACAAGGAUGUCACACACCCCCGCAUGCGCAGGCAUAUCAAGAACCCCCGCAUUGUGCUCCUGGACUGCUCACUGGAGUACAAGAAAGGGGAGAGCCAGACUGACAUUGAGAUCACUCGUGAGGAGGACUUCACUCGCAUCUUGCAGAUGGAAGAAGAAUACAUUCAGCAAAUCUGUGAGGAUAUCAUCCGUCUGAAACCUGACCUCCUCUUCACAGAGAAGGGCAUCUCAGACCUAGCACUUCAUUACCUCAUGAAGGCAAAUAUCUCUGCAAUCCGUCGUAUCAGAAAGAGUGACAGCAACAGGAUUGCCAGGGCGUGUGGUGCUCGUAUUGUCAGCCGCACAGAUGAGUUGCACGAGGAAGAUAUUGGCACUGGUGCAGGGCUGUUUGAGGUCAAGAAGAUAGGUGAUGAGUACUUUGCGUUUGUCACUGAAUGCAAAGACCCCAAAGCUUGCACCAUUCUCCUGCGUGGAGCAAGCAAGGACAUUCUGGCGGAGGUGGAGCGUAACUUGCAGGACGCCAUGCAGGUCACUCGCAAUGUGCUGUUGGACCCACGGCUAGUGCCUGGUGGUGGGGCAGUGGAAAUGGCCGUGGCACACACACUGAUUGAGAAGUCUAAAACCAUGACGGGAGUGCAGCAAUGGCCCUAUCGUGCAGUGGCAAAUGCUCUGGAGGUCAUCCCCAGGACACUCAUCCAGAACUGUGGGGCAAGCACCAUCCGCUUGCUCACCUCGCUUCGGGCAAAGCACACGCAGGAAGGCUGCCAGACCUGGGGAGUCAAUGGAGAGACCGGAACUUUGGCUGACAUGAAGGAGCUCGGCAUCUGGGAACCACUGACUGUCAAAUCACAGACUUUCAAAACUGCGGUGGAGACUGCCAUCUUACUUCUGCGCAUUGACGACAUCGUGUCUGGCCACAAGAGCAAGAAGGAUAACAAUCAGGGAGGUGAAGGAGAUGCUGCAUAGGUUCAGUCUGCAGGGACCGGUGCUGAGCAGCCCACCCACCCUCCACA